AUGUUUAUUGUUUUAGAUACAUUUUAUGAAAUCAAAUCAAGAUUUAAGUUUUAUUAAAUUGAAUAUUAAANAUUAGAUUCUACAAGUUUCGAAAUGAUUAGAUAGAAAGACUAAAUUAGUGGUUGUCCUGAAUAAGUUGAAUAUUCUAAGAUUUCAAAAUAUUUAGUUUUCAAAUAAACUAAUAUCAUAGAGAUCUAUACUUUUGAAAAUAAUGAAAAAGAUUUCUUAACAUUUGAUACUUUUUAAAUAAAUGAUGAUAUUAUAUUCGAUAAUAUUGCAUUAUCACAAAAAGGUGAUUUACUUUUAACAGGUGAGCAUAAUUCUAAAGAUUUCACAAAUUCAAUCACAUUAUGGAAUAUAGGAUAGCGUAAAUAAAUAUGCACUAAUAAUAAAAUAAACAAUAAAGUAACGAUUCUUAAGUUUUGUCCAGAUGGAGUUACUUUUGCCGCUGGUCUUGAAGAUGGAUCUAUUAAUUUAUAUUCAAUCGAAAUAUCAAAAACAAAUUUCUUUAAAUAAUAAUCGAAAUUGAAUAAGAAUUUUUAGAAAUUUUAAAUUAUUUGCAUUAAAUCAUUCUCUAAAUAAUCACUAUUAACUGCUUAAUAAUCCAUAUUAACUGCUGAUUCAAAUAUAAUAUCUGAAAAUAAGUCUAUUGUUGAAUUGUUUUAUUAAAAAGGAGGAUUAAAACCAAAAACUGAUAAAAUAGAAGUAUCAAAAAUUUGA